CGGCACUAAGUUAGUAAGAGUAGGGUACUAGUACUCUUACCGCACUCGAGUACUGUAGCUGACAACUCCAUCAGUGCAUUUCGGGGUCACUUCCCGGCGCCCCAUCGUUACUCCCCAUUUCCACAAUUCCCAUCUCGGAGGUACAGUACCCUUGCAGCAGGAUCGACGCUCGGGUAACCAGAACGGUCAGGGCAUGCCGGGGCAGAAAGAAGAGUGCAAAUAAAAAAAUAAAAAAUAGAGGAAUAAUGCGUGUGAGCAUGGUUUGGUACGGAAUGGACCGAGGGAAAAGGGAAGGAAAGGGAUGUCUCCAUUUUUUUUUUCUACAGGGCGAGGAUUGUCUUGGGGGUGGGAUGCCAGUAGGGAAGGAAGGAAAUGUGAUACCGUACUGAUAUGGGAUUCCCUUAGGGCUAUCUUGGACCGCGGGAUAACUUGGAUGGAUACCGUACUGUGAAUAUCAAAGUUGCCUGCCACUUUUCCUCUACUCUCCUAAUAUCAUGCUUGUGCAAUAUCGUAUAUUGCUUACUGUUCUUGCUUUGACAGUAUAGAUAUUCGGAUUACUGGCGCGGACUAAGUUGAUACUGCACGACAACUCCCUAUGUCCCUGCUUCCCUCUCACCAACUCGUUCGCUGCUCCCUUAAAGUAUGAUAACUUCAUCCAAUAUUCCAGCGAGGAAACCAGGGGAAAAAAGAUAUAAUUACCUUACCCGGUUCACCCCACGAUCGUACCCCCCCGUCCUCGGCUCGGUACCAUCCAUACAUACAAGUACCUAUGGUGGUUCCAAUAUAGCACUAGUACUUGUACACGUUUUGGUUCAAUUCCUCUCUCCUCUCCCAUCUAUCCUCUCGCCACCAACCAUUUUUUGAUAAGGAGCAGCCCACACCCUCUCUCGACCCUUUUUUUCUUUCCUUCUUUCGUUCCACACCCAUUCGUGUCUUUAUUCCGGCAGCCAAACACCCUCGUAUUCCUCCCAGGGCCUAGCGCGCGUCGGCGAGAAACAUUCCCUUUUUAUUUGCUUCUUCUCAUUUUCUUCUCGCUCCGCGGUGGCUUCGGUUUGCUUGGGUACGGUACCUUGCUCAUUCACUCGUACGGUACCGGUACGCUGCACGUCACGGUCUUCAUUUUUUCCCCUGCCGUACUGCGCUCGAGUAUCCCUUUAUUAGAAUUGCCCAUGUUGGUGUUGGCCUUCUAAGGGAAGCCCCCACAUGCACCAAAUUUGGCAAGGCGGGGAGGAGAUCGCUAAAGGAGAAGUCCUGUCCCAGUCAAGCCAGUGGUGUAAGGAGGGAAAAAUCCUUCACCCCUUCCUCUUUCCCAUCCCUCCCCCCUCUCCCCAUAUCCCCGUCCCCGGGGUGAAGUAAUUACCGACAGAGGUAAGCUUAUUUAUCUCAAGUGCCCAGAAAACGAAUCCAUUAACUUAUUUCUCUGGGUGCACCCUUUUUAGUUUCGACGGGAGAUCGAGUCACUCUCUGCUAUUUCUCGAGUCUCUCGGGUCCCCGUUAUUUUCUUGUAAAGCAUUUUCGAAGUGAAACUUUUUUUUCCUGAUUUGUCUACUUCAUAUGCGUAUGACUGGAGUGGAAAGGGGAUAAAGGGAAACAAUAGCGUCUGCGGGGCGGGAGAGAAGAGGCCUGGGAGGAGAGGGAGAAAAAGAAAACUUAACGAGGUCAGAAUUGGCGAUUCAUUAGUCUGACCUAUCUGCUGGGGAAGAGGAAAAAAUUUGGAGCGGGGCGGUGUUUGAGUCUGGUCUUACCGGUACUGUACUGGUACUUCGCUGCAACCGUUUUGUGUUGUCUGGGUGGAGGGGAAAAAGAGGGAAGGAAGGCAGGAGGGAUGAGUGGUGGUUGUCCUAAGGCAGACAGGCGAAUAUCAUACCCACAAUACCGGUACGGUUUUACAGCUAUCAUUACACUCGGGUUGCUGAAGCUUCAUUUCUAUCUGGUGGAAGCCUGCACUCGGCUAUCGCCAUUCCCAUUAUUUGCUGCUCCCCGUGCGUUACGUUGAUAUUUGGCUCCAGAUUUUUUUGGGCUUCAGCAGAAACUGGACCCGGUGGUCUAAUAGUCCUUUGUCCUAGCUAUAUCCCCCCUCUUCCCAGAUCCUCAACGGGGAUCGAGUACGGGGCUGAGAUAAAGGAAUACACUGGGACAGUUUCCGUUUUUUUUUUUUUUUUUGGCUGGGGUUUAUUAAAUACUGGAGAAGGACGAGAAACGGGAAGACGGAAGCGAAAUAUUUGGGUGAAAGGACGAUAGAGGGAGGCUCACAGACAACACCAUCGAAAGGCGCGUGCGCCAUUGCGAGCAGAAAGUUGAGAGGUGGACGAGUUGGGAAAGAGAGAGAGGAAAAAAAGGAGUGCCUAGGUUUCCGUGCAGAUUCUAAGCGGAAUUUGUUAAAGGCAUAUCGGCGACCAUCUGCUCCCGCACUAGUAGCUUGGGAACGCGGGAUCGAAAAAAGGCCACCGAAAGUGAGUAUUCCGUUGUCGCUGCAUCAUUACCGCCCUUCUACCUCCCAGGGGCCAUGUGAACAUUUAUGGAAAUUCCUCAUCUUUGAUUUUGGGUUUCCUGAUCCUGAAACGUGCUUCUACGAACGUUCCGGUCGAGGGGGGAGUGUAACUGGAGAAAGAGUUGUUGAUAUACUGCGGAGUUCCCAAUCACUCAUGUACCCUUCUCCGCGCUGAUAAUUUUCCGUCACAGGUCUUGCACUAACAAUUCUACCCUCGUCUUCCUUCAUCUAGAGUUAUUAUCGAGUCAUUCUACAUCGCCCUCAAUCCUUAGCUAUCGCCCUCGUGUGUGUGGUCCUUCUUGGUCUUAGCCAUGGCUCACCUCCAUCACCGCCACGCACCCCACAGCAAUUCUGCUCCGGACAGUCCAGAUCAGCAACGGCAGCAGCAGCAACAACAACAACAACAGCAACUGCGCCAUCAGCGAUCUCUUCAGGCGCUCCAGCAUGAGCAGUACCAGCUUACUUCAACCGUUUUCCAAAUUGAUCCCAGACUAGAGUUACCGCAGACUGACAUUUUGACCCACCAACCCCAUACACUACGUCCCUUACAGUCGCAGUCGCAAGGGGAAGCUUCCUCACCCACCGGCUUCCAUCCAAGCAUGAAUUCACAGCUAGUUUCUUCCCAACUUCCGACUUCUCGAGCGCCCGCCCUAGAAUCGCAAAUCCACAUUCAAUACCAGCCUCCCGAUCUUCACCCCUCACACUCCCCUUCAGAUCCUGGUUCCUUCUUGGAGAUCCAGCCUCAUAUGUCUCUUCACCACCAAAGCUUACAAUCUGUGUCAAAUCCGCCACAUCCACCUUCACCAGUUCAAUCUACUCACCAACAAUCGCAUCAACAUCAACGGCAUGUCCAACAGCAGAGACAGGCCCCAGCCACCUUGCGGCCUAUGGCGCCACCCACAACUGGCACGCAAGGGAAUAGAGUGGUGAUGUCGACCUUGGGCUCUUCUGGUCUAAUCCGGGGCUCCCGAGUUGGUGCCUCGUCAGAUGGAUCCCAGAUGGGAAUGGGUUCAGAAAUUUUGGCAACAUCGGGAGGCGAGAGCCCGGCUGGAGAGACUGCUCCCGUAACUUUACCGGGGAAUACAAACACUAGGUUAGGUAGCGGACAGAGUAGUGGUCGUGUUUCUAGUGGACAUACUGGAAUAACCCCUGGGGCAACAAGUCAAAUUACCCCAGUGAAGGAUCAGGAUGGGAAAUUUCCUUGCCUUCAUUGCCCUAAAACGUAUCUCCAUGCAAAGCAUUUAAAGAGACAUCUUCUAAGACAUACAGGUGAUCGUCCUUACCAAUGCGUUUUAUGUAAGGAUACAUUUUCAAGGUCAGAUAUUCUGAAGAGACAUUUUCAAAAGUGUUCUAUUAGGAGGGGAAAUCCUACUGGGGCAACACAUUUAAGCCAUGCGCAUGCUCAUCAACAGGGAAGACGGCCCAAUCAUCACCAUCCUGCUCCCCCUCCUCCGGCCCCUCCACCACCUCUGCCGGCGGGGGGUCCGAUAUCAGCUCCCAUCGCCGCUUCUACGGAGGGGUCGGGUAAAUUCUCUCCGGGAUCGUCCUCGGAGGGGAGGAGACCGGCCGCAAGAUCCUGUGACCAAUGUAUAGGAUUGAAGGCCAGAUGCGACUCAGGUGACCCAUGCGAGAGAUGUCGGAUGAGAGAUGGGGGGGAAUGCUCCUACUCGGGGAGGUCUCGAAGAGCAGAUUCUGGGAGUGAAAUCGACUUGAUUUCGAUGCCCGAGAUUUCAGAUUCAUCGUCAAAAAGUCAGCCGGUGGGAUACGGGGAAGAGUUCAAUUUCCCCCCACCAACACAUCCUCACGCUCAUAUGACGCACUCGGGCCAACAUUCCCUUUCGGCUUCGCAGCGGCAAUCACAAAAUCUCGACGAUCAGCAGCACCCACAACAGCAGUCGUCCCGCCAGGUUGGGGUCUCACAAUCCCCCUCAAAUCCGUUUUAUAGUGGAUGGGAGAAUUUGAUAGAGUUGCCAGAGCAGCGGUUUUUGCCCUUUUAUUUGCCUCCAUCAACACAACCCCCCAGCGGUGGCAUUAGCACUUCUGCGGAUAGCAUGGACCAAUCCCUCCAGGCUGGUGACCAACUGGUGUGUGGCAUGUACUUCCCCUCUGAUAUAACGGACAUGCCACCCUUGGCUACACUAGGAGGAAUAUUUGGCGACUGGGAUGUGCCACCACAAGUCGACCCAUUACAAGUCAAAUGUGACCGGCUCAUCGCAAUCUGCUUUCCGGAAAAUCCUGGUCGGGGAAGCUCGUCCACCGGAUCGCCUGACCAAAGGAUUGAACCGGACCCUACAGCUGAGGGUUUGAAAGGGUGGCUGACUCCGGAUCAUGUUAAGCAUUUUGUCCGAUUGUUUUUCAUCAACUUCCAGGGGCAUUUCCCGAUGAUCCAUUUGCCAACCUUUAAUAUGCUCACUACAGCAGAUGGUCUCUUGCUCGCCAUGAUUUGCAUUGGUGCUGUCUAUUCGGAUAGGGGUAUCACAGCUGAGGAUGUCCGGGCGAUGAUUGAUAGAUCUUUUGCAGCGCUGGAUGAGAAUUAUCACAGGUUCAGCGAUGGGAGCCAGGUAUCACCCUCAUGGGAGCUUGAAGAGAUCCAGGCUCGAUAUUUCCUUCACGUACUAUCUGCUUGGCACGGUACUUUCCAUCAAAGGGAAAACACUAGAAGGAGCUACGGGAUUGUCAUUGCAAAAGCCCAGGGAGCAGGCCUCUUCCGUCCAUUUACACCUAGCAAUCCGGGGGCCGCAGGGUUCAGCAUGUACCACCAGGUUGGAGAUCACCAGCCGUCGAGUCCGGCAGGUUGGGACUGGGCGUCGUGGGUAGAGCAGGAGAGAAGGAAUAGGGUGAUGUUUGGAAUACUACUCCUGGACACUGCGUAUGCAAUCUUCUUCAACCACCCUCCACGGAUAGUUCUCCAUGACAUUAGAUUAACGCUACCGUCUGAUGAUGCUUCAUGGGAUGCCCAGGAUGCCCAGGAAUGCGCCAAUGCCUUGGGAUUGAAUGGUGAAGGGCUGAAUAGUAAGAAUAUCACCGGUUCCAGGAGGGCACAGCAACCGGAAUUUAUGGCAACCGUGAAUGCCCUUCUUGAGCCUUCUCAAGAGUUCAGGCCGGGGACCACAAAUGCCUACUCGAAGUUUAUUCUUGUUCAUGCACUGCACUCGCAUAUAUGGGUUACUCAACAGAGGUUACCAAACGCUACCGAGAUGGGAAUUGGCCAGGAAAUAGGGAGUGUGGCUGGUCCAUCUGUGGAAUGGAAGAAUGGAGGCAACAUAUUGAACGCGGGUGGCGGCAGCAGUGGGGGGGAAACACCGGAAGGAUGCAUAGAUAACACCCUAAUCGGAUGUCGGCCACGCUCCAACACCUUGUCAGAAGCAGCCCACGCAGUGAGGAUCUGUCAGUACUCGUUGGAGAAAUGGAAGAAAGCAUGGGAGACGGAUCUCCGCAGCCAGUUUCCGCUACCCGCUGCAAGAGUUGGGUUUGGGCGGGACGGAUUGCCCUUCUAUUGGCUGGCGAAGUUGUACCUUGCGCGUAACCGGACAACCGAAUGGAGGCAUGGGAUCGAUGAUGAUCGAACGGUUGCUAAGGUUAAGAAUAUGUUGAAGCAUGUGCGGGGGUUUAUCGCGGACGAUACUGGAAGACUUGACCUACAGGGUGCUGUGUCGGCGAUAGAUGAUGGAUAUGCCAUGGAUGAACUCACCUAUGAUAUGAAGUUGCUGUUUAGGCCUAUCGGGACGGAUUGAUCGCCGAGGAGUGCAAGGCCCCGUUAUGGUAUUCCACUGGUCCUUUGUGUUAGUGUGGCUGGUGGUUUACCUGCUCUCUCUUUUCCUGCUUAAAUCAGUAGGCAGCUGUUUUUUUGGGGGGUAGGCGCCGGUUUCAACUACGGGAUCUGGGACUGAGAUGUUUGCUUUCUGUGUUCUCUUUUGUGCUCUUUUAAAGGGACUGGGGGAGAAAUGGGAAAUUUGCUACUUGAUUUGGAGUCUGAUAAUGGGCUGGGAUCACUUGCGGGGGGCCUUGUUUGCUCUCGGUUUUUGCUGCUUUUAUAAUUUUGCUUCCUGAGUUUUUAGUCAUAACCUGUUUGGCGUGCGGGGAGGGUGUUUCUUUCUUUUUUUUCUUUUCUUUUUUUUAACAAGAUGUUCUCUGGAUGGAGCCUUCAAAAAUUGGUUUUUGACGGUUAGGGAAUGUUUGUUUUUGUAGCUAUCAUUUCUUUCACAGUCUAUGACUUUUUUUUUACUCUUUCUCUUGCGUCUCUUUACUUACCGAUGGUGAGAGGUGUAUUGUCUUGGGCUUUGUUUUCCUGCAUUUUUUCUCUUCCACUUUUUUCCGGUGUUUCUUUGCUAUUCACCGCAGUCAUGCUGUGGCCGGGCUUUGUAUUCUCACAUAUUGUCAGUUCUCAAGGGGCCAAUUGCUCGCGACGUCAUAUUCAAACAAAUAGUCCCUUCUCCCUCUAUUCUGCAGAUAUCCUUUCUCUCAAGGGAGAAUACUCUCUUUCUUUUUAUCUCGGAAGAUUCUUGGAAAGAGUUCUGUUUUCCGUCUGUCUACCUUGUCGUCCACCUCUCUUACUCCUUCUCCGGGCGUUGGGUUGUUUUUGUUCCUAGCGUUGGGAAAGUUGUAACUAUCGUUUGCCCUAGUAAGGGUUGUCCUGUCUGGUUCUGGAAUCUCCGUCGUUGCUUUGGUGGCCAUAGGGUAUGGGAUGCCACGAUAUGAUCCGUUCUAUGAUAGGAGUUGGGCGGAGGGGAUAAUAAAUAACUACCUACCAAUGUUGAAGAAGAAGAAGAAGAAGAAUCGCUUUAACUUC